CCUAAUUUUAAAAUUUGCCACAUUGAUUUUAGUUUUUUACAUACAGUAAUAGUAGCUAAAUAGCCUUUUCUUCUAGCUGGAAUUUCCUACGCCGCCGAGCUGUGAUCGUGUGAGGGCGGAAGGGGGUGGUGUUUCGGUUGAAAUGGAUUGGUCGGAGAGGCAUUUGUGCAUAAAAUGUGAUAAAGGUGGGAAUGUGCUGCUUUGCAAUGAAAUCGGCUGUCCUUUGGCUGUUCAUGAGCGGUGUUUGGGCGGUCCGGCUAGGUUAGAUGAUGCCGGGCGCUUCUAUUGCCCCUAUUGUGUGUACAAGCAAGCUGUUGCUGAGACGCGCAAAGCUAGAGAAUUUUCUCUGGCGAAAAAGAAGGCUUUGUUGAUCUUUAUGGAUGGCAGUGAAAAGGAUAUGCGAGAAAACAAGACGUGUGAAGAGAAUGGGCGAGAUCAGUCGAAUGUGAAUAAUGGAUUAUGUGAGGAUGGUAAAAGUGAAAAGGCUAUGCGAGAAAGUGAGACGUGUGAAGAGAGUGGGCGAGAUCAGUUGAAUGUGAAUAAUGGAUUAUGUGAGGAUGGUAAAAGUGAAAAUGGUAUGCGAGAAAGUAAGACGUGUGAAGAGAAUGGGCGAAAUCAGUCGAAUGUGAAUAAUGCAUCAUGUGAGGAUGGUAAAAGUGAAAAGGGUAUGCGAGAAAGUAAGACGUGUGAAGAGAAUGGGCGAAAUCAGUCGAAUGUGAAUAAUGGAUUAUGUGAGGAUGGUAAAAGUAAGGCUAACAAUGACGGGGUUAUUGAUCAACCUCGUGAAGAGGAAAAGGUCGAAGAAGAUUCUGAAUCUUCUGGUGGCUCUAAAGAUGAGGAUCGUUCGCUUGAUUUGAACAGGGGAAAUGGCGAUAUAGCUGUGGGAGAGAAACAGAUUCGGGAAGAGGAAUGUGAAGAGGAAAAUGCUGAGGAAGAGGAACGGGAAGCUUCUGAUGAAGAAGAAAAUGCUCAGGGGAAGGAUUUUGGAACUUCGUUAUCUUCCACCAACGAAGACUCUACACUCACUGGGCGUGCAAGAGCUACGAGAGUACCAAAAAGGAUCACACUUGUGGACAAAGAGUCCAAUGCUAUUUCAGUCCUGCAAAGUAAAUUUAGCGAUAAGAAGAAGCACGCAUCUCCAACUUCGACUCCUGCCAAGAAAUCUGCUAGGAGUCCAUCGUCGGCUAUGGGAAAGAGAAAAGUAGUUAUAAAAUUGAGUUCAGCUAGGAGGUUGAGCAAAUCUGAAAUACAAUCCAAAAAAUCCGACACGCCUGGCAGCAGGAAACGCAGUAGACUGAUGUGGACGGAGGAAGAAGAAGAAGCACUCAGGGAAGGAGUGAGAGAAUAUCAGGUGGGAGUGAACAUCCCUUGGAAGAAAAUCUUGGAUGAGAGCGAAAAGUUCGACCCGACUCGGACCCCGGCUGAUCUUAAGGAUAAAUGGAGGACUCAGAAGUUUGUGCAGCUUGGCUACUUGGAGGAUGGUAGUGAAGGUAUAUAGACAGCAAUUUUUGGUUGGUCUAUAGUUGGCUGUCUAAUUUUGUCUAUAAAGAGUGAAAUUGCUGAUUAACUCUUUGAAUGAAUUUGUCUAUUUCAUCAUGAGUUAAAUUGAUGAUCAAUUGCAUAAUUAUGAUCGGUUUUCUUGUUAAA